AUGGCUUCCGCAGCGAGCUCUUGCGCGGGCCUUCCGCUCGAGCAGCUCGCUCUUUACCACGCAGUCGACCCGGUCCUAUCCUCGAUAUUUGUUUUCCAUGGGCCUGCAACUACGGCCAACUCAACUCUCAAUAGCUCGCGCAUCCAGGUCCAUAUUUUCGCCGCAGAUGGGCUACAGAGCUAUCCGCGCAUCACUGUGUCGCCAGCUGCUCCCCUGUAUGCAGCUGUAAAUCAUCUACCACGCGAAAGACAAGGCGACGAGGUCUACCGAGGACUGGCGGUCUGUUUAUUCAAAUACUUCUCAGAGAUUCCAGAUUCUGUGAAGAGUGAGCUGGUUGCACUCGCACAGUCAGGGAGACCAAGCUCCAAACCGCUGCAGUUCUUUGAUGAGCUGCAUGCAGCGGAUCUCGCAGAUAAGAUGGAAAAAGUGGAGAAUCCAGCAGCAGUGGUUCGCGACCUGAAAGAUGCGUUCGCAGAUAGAGUUGUUCCAUGGAUUGACAUUGAUCUUGUCGUCCCUGCGGGCACUAUAACGGUUCCAACCCCACUGGGUGAAUCGUCGCGCCAGUCCCUGCUGGGGUAUAAUGAAUCCAGCAUCGAAUCUCCCAUCAACGAGAAGUUUGCUGACCGGUUCGGUAAGCUAGCACCACUAGUAGAUGCUCUGGGUGAACCUAUUUUUUUACCGACAUCAAAGUUGCGCCGAGCUCCGUCGAAACCUUCUAAUCUGAGCAAAUCUAAAUUGUUUUCCGCUUCACAGAAAGAGGCCCUCCGACUCUCCAUGUGCGAGUUUGUCGAUACGGAAGAAAGAUACGUUCAUAAAAUGUAUGAUCUCGUCCAUAAUGUUGCACAUGAGUUUUGCCAAAAGGCAAGGGCGAAAGCACCGACGAGUACAAGCCCAGAUGAAUCAGCAUUAGCCAAGCUGUUUCCGCCUUGCCUUAACGAGAUCCUUGAGGUGAAUAUGGGAUUUCUGGAUGCCAUACGCCUUGUCCUUGAGGAAACAGAGAAAGAUGCUCUAGAAGAUAUAUCGCAAGAUACCAUGCUUGACCCGUCAGCUUUCCCUCGUGAUCCUACCACCGGUCGGCGAAAUGAUCUUUUGGGCGCGAUUGCUUUCGCUCAAUGCUUGCUUGACUGGCUUCCACGUUUCUCUAAGCCGUAUGGACAAUACAUGCAUGCCCAUACGGGAUUCUACUCUCUCCUCAAUUCUUUUCUGGGCAAUCAGAAUUCAUCUUUUUCUAAGCGGGUAUAUGAGACUGGAGAACAACGAAUGCGUUCAUUGCUCAUGGAACCAAUCCAGCGUCUUCCGCGAUACAGCCUCUUAAUUGAUACUAUGACUGGAUCUCUUCCAUCAAUGCACCCCGCUGUGAGAUUGCUGCUUAAGGCGCGUGAUACGAUCACAGAAAUAUGUUCUCUAGAUUCAUAUUCAGCGUCGGAUCACUCACAGACUCUGACACACUUGCGGAAGAUAGUCCAUGAGUGGCCAGUAUCUAUCGUGCCUGAUGGGCGUUUAAUCACUGCUGCUGAUGUGUAUACCCUGCUACCUCCUUUCCGGUCAGGCUCGUCAGGGACAAGAGGCCAACCAGCCAUACUGCUACUCUUUGCCGAUUGUUUAGUAUUCCUAACUAAACACCCAGAAAGCAAAUGGACAGCCCGUGGGCUUUGCGCUGACCUUGACAAAGCUAGAGCGGAUAUUGAUAUAGAUGGCACGGAACUUCCACCUCCAUCGGAUCUCACGUUUGGUCAACUCAUGCCCAUUACCAGCAUUCGUUGCUCGCAAUCUAAGUGUGGACGCAUCCUAUAUCUUACCCCGGCCGAGAAAUUUCCUCAGUAUGAACACGGGCGCUCUCAAAACAUUGUUCUCACCCUUGAGCUUAUAUCAACAUACGAAGGAAAGGCUACAAAGCUUAUUGAAGAGGUCACUAAAGCUAAGAUUGAAGGAAGGUUCCCAGAGCAUUAUAGAGAACAAGGGAAAUGGUCUCUUCAUACCGCAAAAGGGGCGUUUGGCAAUUUGGGAGCACUCAUUUGUGUUUUCGAACACGACAAAACAGAACCUAAUAUUCCAAAGUUCCCGUCUAGCGUCAAAUUAAUUGUGGAUGCUACAAAAGAAACUUUGGUAGACCAGCUAAAUUCUGGCCAGAUAGAAAUUGUUGCGUCGAUUUUCCCUAUGCUAGGAGACUCCAGGUUUAGAAUGGACUUCGACUCUGUCGUCGGUGUUUCAUCCAGUGACACAUUUUCCGCUGAAGAUUUUACUGCGAUCGUGUCUAAACGAAUUACGGCGUUGCUUCACCCGCUUUCUCAACCUCAAAACCCUUUACUUACUGGAACAGUUCUCCAAAGCAACUUCAAUAUUCUGCGUAUUAUUGCUCAACAUAUUUUAGGUGUUGCCAAGGGGUCCAGGGCAUUCCGGCCACCAUCCCCAACGAAGCUAUUAUCUACCCUUUGGGGCUCCGGUCAACCUAAAAGCCUCGGUCAUACACCCUCAAAAUCACUUCCAUCACUUCCGGCUUUAUCUAACACCGUCCCAUCCCUCCAACCCCAAUCAUCAGAUGCCAGUUUAGACGAUGUCUCUCCGCGAAAAAUUGUGCAUGGGGGUAUAACUAUCCCCGAUGGGACCGCAAGUCCGCUUGAGCAAUUGGAAGAGACUUUCACCGCUUAUAUACUUGCAAUUCGUUCGAGAAGUGGGAACAUUGUCGGCCGCGUGCUAAGGUCCCGAGACCGUGUUGAUACAGCGGGAGUGAAUGAACUUUACAAUAUCCUCCUAGAAGAUCCAAGUCAACUUCAAGCUGCUGCAGAGUCCCCUGUUGAUAUGCUGAUAGUUGCUUUUGAGACCUUCCUCGACAAGGCCUGGAAAGAAAAAUUCGGCCCGAUAAUAUCUCAAGCUUCUUUACUGAUCCUUCUAGCUAAGUUUGACGCCUUGUUUCCUGGGGAUUUUGAAGACUAUUUCCAUGAAUUCCUUUCAGAGAUGAGCCCGCAGACUCGCCGCGCGCUCACAGCAUUGGUACAGCUGCUUGCACAAUUACUAAAUGACUCUGGAAAUGACGGUGAUAGGGGUGCGUUAACGGAUGUAUUUUCGGAGAUUCUCACUGAGGACGGCGAUGCAAGGAAAACAAUACCCCUCCUUGACAGGCUUGUUGAAGAUUUUGAGAGAUUAUUUGAUGAAUCGGGGCCUACGGUAUCUGAGGGACAUCUUGCACAGGAAGCAAAUCGAGCUCUAUUAGCCCCUGGGUCAAUAGGCUCUAAUGCUUCAUCGUUUAGAAAGCGCUUCGGGUUCGGCCUGAGUCGGGAGAAUAGUAUCAAAGACGGGGAGGGUAAAGUCAGCUCAAUUAUUCGAUCUUUGAGCAAAUCAAAAGGUGGUUCGGAUUCUGAUAUUUUGCCCUCCAAAAAUUCACUGAUGCGAUCUAAAUCCACGGAUACAGACGGCCGUCUGCAUAGCCUUCUCAGGCCUCGAUCUCGAGAUCGGCCUCUUAUGCAGACAAUAUUUGCUCAAGAGGAAGAAAUCAAUCGCCCAACUAGCUCCAAUAGCAACACACAACCUUCCCUCGCUUCCAUUGUUGAAAACCCCGUCGUAGGGAAAACCAGUACGCCAAGGAAAAAGAGAAGAAGCUCACUCUCCGAUCUGAAGGAUCUUCCAACCGCCGAUGUAGCACCCCUAUUUGCUAACAGAGAGUUCAAAAAACCUCCAAAUCUCCUUGCCUCCGCUCAAACUCCCGAACCAGCAACACCACCGGCUAAAUCCCUUGGACUACCUAUUCAUAGCGCGCAGCACACGCCUAUUCAAAAUACUCCUCCGACCAGACUAGCGUCUCCUGUGCGUCAAAUAAAUGCAAAUCUAAAGGAAAAUGUACCUCCCCCAUCUCCUCGAACAACACUGGCGGAUCGGUCAACGAAUACGAGACCGCAUGCCUCAACGAUAUCUAUGCCACUUCGAAGGAGAGCAGAUAGUACCCGGGCGGGAACCCCGUCAAAAAUUGCUGGGCCGCGUGAGAAACCCACACGACCAAGUAGCAGCGAUGGUUACGGUCGUAGACUCCAAGCACAGUCAAAUUCACCGCCCAAAACACAGAAGUUACGGAUGCAAACACCUCAGAAGGCAUGUUUACGCGAGCGAGUGCUAAAUGAACGAAAAGCUAUGAUUUCUGCGGAGUCAUCCUUGCAGGCUGAGCUUGCAUCCGUCACUGAAGAGUUAACUUCAACCUCCCCAUCUAGAAGACGGCCAUUGUCAUCGGCUGGCUCCCAAGCGAGGCCCAUUACCUCGCCUCCUACCCCUACCUCAUCCAACGCGCUGCUACAGAGGGUUCGUGCCCUUGAAAGCAAACUCUCUGCAUUAACUUCAAACCUUGGUGCGAGGGCAACAAGCCUUGAAAACGAUUUGGAGAAUUCCCUCCUUGUCUCUGAAAAGCGAGCGCGGAAACUUGAUGAACUCUACCGAGAAGCUGGCAAAGAGAACGAAGCAUUAUAUGAGCGAUUCAAUAAUGAACUAAGUAAAAUGGCCAGGGAAAUUCGACUCGGUGCUGGCGAAGAGGCGCUUCGAAAUCAACUGAAGGAUGCACUUGAUGAAGUGGCUCGGGUGAAAAAAGAGAACAUGCGAUUGAAAAGAGAAAUCAGCGGGCUGAAAGCACAACAAAUAGGUGAUCAUUCUAGUUAA